UCAUCAUAUUGAGAAGCGUGCUUUGUGAAGCUUCCUGAGCUGAGCUUUGGAAACGUCAUUGGUGCUCGUCUGUAACCUGGACUAAAGCAUGAGUGAAUUCUGGUUGUGUUUCAACUGCUGUAUUGCAGAGCAGCCUCAGCCUAAAAGGCGCCGGCGGAUUGACCGAAGUAUGAUUGGAGAGCCCACAAACUUCGUGCACACGGCUCACGUGGGGUCGGGAGACCUGUUCAGUGGGAUGAACUCGGUCAGCUCCAUCCAGAACCAGAUGCAGUCCAAGGGCGGCUACGGGGGCGGCAUGGCUGCCAACGUGCAGAUGCAGCUCGUGGACACGAAGGCGGGAUAGCCCCGCUCCCGCCUCCAAAGUGUGAUGGCCUCUUGUUCACCCUGUUGUGAUUACUCCAGUGACACGUAACUGCUCUGCUCCGAAGAAACUGUUGUCAGAUGAACCCUGCGUUUUCUUCCGCUGGCAUGCAUGCCUUUGGACUCACGGACAGAGUUCUUUGGAUUGUGGCUUAUCUUUAUCAAUAUGGAUCUGAUUUUAGCAUGAUCUUUUUUGUGAAUGCUAGCACUGUUUUGCAUUUUUUCCCCAUUUUUAACAUUUCUCUUUCCAUCUCCAGCCCCCGGCCUUAUGAUAUUAUUGGUAAGCAAAGACGUGCUAUUAUUUGUUACUUUGUCACCAUUUAUGUAUAUUUUGGAAGGUAUGAGAACCAUAAGCACAAUGAUCAUUUCUAUCCACUUAAAACUUCAGCAGCGUAGAUACCUGCAUGCUUUAUGAAGUUGCUUUGUACAGGAGCCCAUGGGAUGCCAGAAAGGAACAGAAAGGAACGGGCUUUGCUGCCAUGGGCUGGUGAUACUGCUGCUGUUAGAGGAAGGUUAGCUGUGGCACCAAGUCACAUCGGUUUCACAAAAGAAAGGCAACUUGUAGCUUAUGACUUUUAUUUACUUAGAACUACAGUGAAAGAAAAGCUUGCAUUCAUAAGGCAUUCAUUCUGUUGUAAAUGUUCAGUAUAUUUAUUUGAAAGUGAGGACCUGGGAUUGUAAACAGUUGCGGGUGUGUGGUCACAUCCUCCCCAUCCAGUCUGACUGCGCAUCGCUAUCUUAGUAGCUGUUCAUUUUUUGUGCACUCAUCUGUUUUCACUUGUUUAGGUUUACUACUAUGGUAUUCAGUUGUUUCCAGUAGCAGCCUGUUGAAUGUCCUCUGAGAAACCUUUCGCUCAAGUUCCAAAAUACAUUUAUUCUUCACAAAGUGUAUUUCAGAUAUUUCUGUAAGGAUGUAGUGCUACGCCAGGUAGUGGUCUGUUUUCUUAUUAAACUAUUUAAGUCCUAUGUCUAGUUGAGCCAUAUCUAAGAGUUACAUUUGGUAGCACUAACAUUUCAUGUAGGAAAUGGGGUGACAUUGCAUAACAUAAAGAGGGAACAUUUUCUGUCUUCUUCGAUCCCUUUCCCCUCACCUUAGUCCCAAAUUCUUGUGAAUCACAGAACUGCAUAUGUAGUAGGUUUUAGGGGGCAAAACAUGAAAGCAUUUCUCCCCCAGUUCUUUUCAGUUUACCCAGUACAGUGGGCGCCAGCUACUCCUGCCCUGUGUUUCUGCAAUUUUGAGUCUUCGUAGGUCUCAAUCCCAAACAGAAUCUGUCAAGGAAAGACAUUUAUGCUUAGUAAUCAAAAUAGGCAUUUUGCAGUUUAAUACCUUCUAAACUUGAAUUCACCUGGUGUCGUUAAUUCACUGUGUGGAUACUGCAUUCUGGACUUCGCGUGAGUGCCAGGUCAGUGUCCUGCCAGGGCCACUGCUGUGUGCAGGCUCUUUUUAAGGGACGGGUUUCCUUGGCCUUGACAGCACUGAUGCUGUUGAGUCUAAUUCUACUUUGACUUUAACAUUUAGUAUGCAGACUUUAUCCUUGGCCUACACCUCCUAGACGACAACACAGGGAGCCAUAGUUCCUUUUCCCCAGCUCGUGAUUUGAUUUUAUUUUUUCCUCCAACUGCUCGCUUUCCUGAUUCUCAAAGGACCAAAUACUCCAGUGAGCACUGGAACGUCUCCGUGGUAAACCGAAGGCUGCACUCUGAAGCCUCUGGGUGUUCUGCAGCCGCCACCGACUUGACAGGCACAGGCAGCCACACUGCGUGCAAGCCCGCCUGCCAAGGAGCGUGCCGGUGACGGCGGAUGGAGUGAGACAAUUACCAAAAAUUCUAAAAGAUUUAACAUUGGACACAUUUUUUUUAGGGAGUCAGUUUUCCCACAGUGGUAAGUGGCUUUGUAAAUCUCGGGAGGUCAUUUGCUCCCCAUGACUGUGUGUCUCGCUUGAAAAUUGAUGCUAAUUCAGUAAAUAGCAUUGACUGUUAAUACUUUGCUGAAAUAUAUGCUAACAGCUGUUACCUAAUGACACACAUUCUUUUAUCAGUGAUCUGCGUUCUGUGGAGGAGGUGCUUUCCCACGAGGUAGGCAGAAAGGGGGGCCAGUGAGCGUAGAGGAGCAAUGUACACUGUGGUGACUGGGGCAGCAUUUCCCAGGCAGCAUUAUCGGUGGGCCUUUAAAUGAGAUACUUUGUGAGUAUAUCGGCUUUCACUUUGUUAUUAAAUUAUAGCAGUUCUAUUAUAGAGAGCAAGUUUGCCUUGAUUUUGUUUAAAAUGACUUCUGCUCAGCGCCCAGGAGAUAAAAUUGACAUAUUUUUAUAAUAUAAGCAUACUUUUUUUGUACAUUGUGUUCAUUCUUGAAUAAAGUGAGUUCAGUGUCAGCUUGUAGAUAAUAAAAAGAAAGUAUUGAUUUUGAUUCAAUAAAUGUUUUUCAAUCCUG